AUGGGCUCAGGCCCGUCUGAUCCAUUGGCCGACCACCCGUGCUCGCGCCUGGAGUCACUGCCCGUGGAAAUCCUGCAAUUGAUCUUUCUUCAUAGUCUUGAAGUGAACCUCCCUCGUGCCUCACCACGUCUCAGCCAAGCCCUGUCCACUCCAUUGCUCUAUACCUGGCUCAUUCGGCUUGCAUUCAGCAGUCCCAAUCUAGGCUCGCGAGAGGGAUUUUUUACCCCGGAUUUCCUACCCCCACCUUUGGACUUCUGGGCCUUGCCCUGGAAAGAGCGCCAACAAUUACAGACCGACCUGCUGGCAUGUCGGUGGUGCACACUCCCCCUGUUCCGGAAAUGCCAGCGUGAGUACGUUGCGCAUACCAUCCGACGCAAAUGCGCCGGCCUAGUCUUCCACCCGGACGACCAAGCAGUGCUGUCAAAUCUGGACCCACGCUUCGAAAACCUAGAAGCCUGUGACUGGGCCGUACUCGGCCGGCGCGGGAAAGGCGAUUUGGUGAUCCCCGCACAGGUGGAGGACACUUCACGGACCCCGUCCCGCACUGUCGACCGCAAAGUGGCAAUCUGGUUCCAUUUUGGGGCUGUGCAGAUCCGCAAACCCCACGAGAUAUACCACGAGAACGACCUCUUCCGGCUGCCGUGCGCGGUGGCUAUUGGGCCUGGCCGCAUUCCGGACAAGGUCUUGCGCUCGCCCUGGUCGGAUGCGCAGUUCGAGUUCUUGCAGCUGCUCUCUGCGGACUUUUACCUGGACGAGGAUGAGGCGCGGCCGGACCGAUCUUCGGAUAUCACAUAUCGGCUCAUUCGAACGCGCAAGAUCGAGCCUUUUCGUCGCUUGCUGCGGAUAUCGUUCCGUGCUGCGAAUUGUCGUGUCCCUGCUCGCUGGCCGCUACAGCAUUCACAUUAUUCCCUUGUCCGGCGCUAUGGGAGUGGGCCUGGGGAUCCGUUCGCAGAUGUUAUCUUGAAUGAGCGUUGGGGUGAUAUACCCGCAGAUGCAAAACAGGAUUUGUUGCGAUAUGUCGAGUCGUCCUCAUUAGAAGAUGGGAAUUGA